AUGGGAUUUCCGAGGUUCUCAGUAUUGGUCACAACGCAUCAAAAGGGCUCGCCACCUACUAGAUAUCAUGACGGACAAACGGGUGUCGUGUCAUUAAUAUUGCACGACCAUCUUCUCGCUGCGCACGGUAGACUCAACCCUUGA